GGAUUUGACCAGCUCCGACUUGAAGGAUUGCUCUGUGAUGUGACCCUGAUGCCGGGGGACACAGAUGAUGCUUUUCCUGUGCACAGAGUCAUGAUGGCCUCUGCUAGUGAUUACUUCAAGGCUAUGUUCACAGGUGGGAUGAAAGAACAAGAUUUAAUGUGCAUUAAGCUUCAUGGCGUGAGCAAAGUCGGUUUAAGGAAAAUUAUUGACUUCAUUUACACUGCAAAGCUUUCUCUUAAUAUGGACAACCUUCAAGACACACUGGAAGCUGCCAGUUUUCUACAGAUUCUGCCGGUUUUGGACUUCUGCAAAGUAUUUCUCAUAUCUGGGGUCACUUUAGACAAUUGUGUCGAAGUUGGGAGGAUUGCCAACACCUACAAUCUGACAGAAGUGGAUAAAUAUGUUAACAGUUUCGUGUUGAAGAAUUUUCCUGCAUUGCUGAGCACCGGGGAGUUCUUGAAACUCCCUUUUGAACGUCUUGCCUUCGUGCUUUCCAGUAAUAGCCUUAAGCAUUGCACUGAACUUGAGCUCUUUAAGGCUACCUGUCGCUGGCUACGCCUGGAAGAGCCUCGGAUGGACUUUGCUGCAAAGUUAAUGAAGAACAUACGAUUUCCACUAAUGACACCACAGGAGCUCAUUAAUUACGUGCAAACCGUGGAUUUCAUGAGAACUGACAAUACGUGUGUGAAUCUCCUUUUGGAAGCCAGCAAUUACCAAAUGAUGCCAUAUAUGCAGCCAGUGAUGCAGUCAGACAGGACUGCCAUUCGGUCUGACACCACUCAUUUGGUUACGCUAGGAGGAGUGCUGAGGCAGCAGCUGGUUGUCAGCAAGGAAUUGCGCAUGUAUGAUGAAAAGGCCCAUGAGUGGAAGUCCUUAGCCCCCAUGGAUGCCCCAAGGUACCAGCAUGGCAUUGCCGUCAUUGGAAAUUUCCUCUACGUCGUUGGAGGACAGAGCAAUUAUGACACAAAAGGAAAAACGGCAGUUGAUACAGUCUUCAGAUUUGAUCCGCGAUACAAUAAGUGGAUGCAAGUUGCAUCUCUAAAUGAGAAACGCACCUUCUUCCACCUCAGUGCCCUCAAAGGAUACCUGUAUGCAGUUGGUGGACGAAAUGCAGCUGGUGAACUGCCUACAGUAGAAUGUUACAAUCCAAGAACAAAUGAAUGGACCUACGUUGCCAAAAUGAGUGAGCCCCACUAUGGCCAUGCUGGAACUGUGUAUGGAGGCGUAAUGUAUAUAUCAG